CGCGCUGACGUCAUACGCGCCCUGAGCGUUCUCGUAUCUGAUUGGCCCAGAGGUUAACUCCUUUACGGCCGCUCGUUGGACCGUCAUUUCGUGCUGAACAAACGAACAUGGAGACAGCUGGCAAAGUCAUCAAGUGCAAAGCAGCCGUUGCCUGGGAACCUGGCAAGCCUCUUUCCAUUGAAGAGGUGGAGGUGGCCCCACCUAAGGCCCAUGAAGUUCGCAUUAAGGUCUUUGCUACAGGAGUGUGUCAUACGGAUGCCUACACUCUGAGUGGCAGUGACCCCGAGGGACUUUUCCCUGUCAUCUUGGGACAUGAGGGUGCAGGAACAGUUGAGAGCGUUGGUGAGGGUGUCACUAAAUUCAGUCCAGGUGAUACCGUCGUUCCGUUGUAUGUGCCGCAGUGUGGUGAAUGCAAAUUCUGCAAGAACCCCAAGACCAACCUUUGCCAGAAAAUUAGAGUAACCCAAGGUCAGGGCCUGCUCCCUGACAAGACCUCACGCUUCACUUGCAAAGGAAAGCCAGUGUUUCACUUCAUGGGGACCAGCACCUUCUCUGAGUACACUGUAGUGGCUGACAUCUCUCUGGCCAAGGUUAAUGAGAAAGCUCCACUGGAUAAAGUGUGCCUUCUUGGAUGUGGCAUUUCUACAGGGUAUGGUGCUGCUGUUAACACGGCCAAGGUUGAGCCUGGAUCCACUUGUGCUGUAUUUGGCCUUGGAGCAGUGGGCUUGGCUGUUAUCAUGGGCUGCAAGGUUGCCGGGGCAACCAGGAUCAUCGGUGUGGAUAUCAACCCUGACAAGUUUGGGAAAGCCAAAGAGUUUGGAGCCACUGAGUGUGUGAACCCGAAGGACCACAGCAAGCCCAUCCAGGAGGUCCUAGUGGAGAUGACUGAUGGUGGCGUGGACUACUCAUUUGAGUGCAUUGGGAAUGUGCAAAUCAUGAGAGCUGCUCUGGAGGCUUGCCACAAAGGCUGGGGUGAAAGUAUCAUCAUUGGUGUAGCCGGAGCUGGACAGGAGAUCUCCACCAGACCUUUCCAGCUGGUGACCGGCCGAGUGUGGAGAGGCACAGCCUUUGGAGGGUGGAAGAGUGUGGAGAGUGUCCCUAAACUGGUGGAAGAAUACCUGAACAAGAAGCUGAAGGUGGACGAAUUUGUGACUCACACCCUGCCGUUUGAGAAGAUCAAUGAGGGAUUUGACCUCAUGCACGCUGGAAAGAGUAUCCGCGCAGUCCUGACUUUCUGAAGUGCCUGAGCUGACAUCCUUCAUAUCCAGCCUUUAAACAGUCUCCUGCCGUUGUUGCAGCGCUUGUUUCUCUGCACUUAAUCACAAAGCUUUCAGUGUUAGACAUUUUUUAUUAACAGCAGGAUACCUGUUUGAAACUGACUUAAUUGUAUCAUUAAAUAACGUUUGAAACAUGAAAA